AUGGGUAUCAAAGGCCUCACCGCCCUCAUCAGCGACGAGGCGCCCGGCGCCAUCAAGGAAAUGGAGAUCAAGACCUACUUUGGACGCAAGGUCGCCAUCGACGCAUCCAUGAGCCUCUACCAGUUCCUCAUCGCCGUAAGGCAAAACGACGGUCAGCAGCUCAUGACCGAGUCCGGAGAGACCACCAGCCACCUCCUCGGCUUCUUCUACCGCACCCUCCGCAUGAUCGACUACGGCAUCAAGCCGAUGUACGUCUUCGACGGCAAGCCCCCGGACCUCAAGCAGGAGGUGCUCAACAAGCGCUUCGGGAAGCGAGAAGAGGCAAGGGAGCAGGAGGAAGAGCAAAAGGACGUGGCGGACGUCGAGAAGAUGGACCAGCUCGCGCGCAGGCAGGUCAGGCCCACCCGACAGCACAACGAGGAGGUCAGGCACCUCCUCAAGCUCAUGGGCAUCCCCUGCGUCAUCGCCCCCUCCGAGGCAGAGGCCCAGUGCGCCGAGCUCGCCAGGGCCGGCAAGGUCUACGCCGCCGGUUCCGAGGACAUGGACACCCUCACCUUUGGCACGCCCAUCCUCCUCAAGCACCUCACCGCAUCGGAGCAGAAGAAGCUCCCCGUUCACCAGGUCGACCUGCCGCGCGCCCUCGAGGGCCUAGGCAUGACCAUGGACCAGUUCAUCGACCUCUGCAUUCUCCUCGGCUGCGACUACCUCGACCCCAUCAAGGGCAUCGGUCCAAAGACGGCGCUCAAGCUCAUGAAGGAGCACGGCAGCCUCGACAAGGUCGUCGAACACCUCAAGGCCGAGGGCAAGAAGAGCGUCGUAAUCCCCGACGUGUGGCCGUUUGAAGAGGCGCGCAAGAUUUUCCUCGCGCCCGACGUCCAGAAGGGCAGCGACCUCGACCUCAAGUGGGAGGCGCCCGACGUCGAGGGCAUGGUCAAGUUCCUCUGCCAGGACAAGGGCUUCAGCGAGGACCGCGUGAGGAAAGGAUGCGAGAAGCUGCAAAAGUCGCUCAGCCAGAAGCAGCAGGGAAGGCUGGAUGGCUUCUUCACCGUCGCAUCGUCAUCGGCCAAGAGAAAGCCCGAGGCCGACGGCAAGAAGGACGCGAAAAAGUCAAAGACGGCCAGCGGCGGCGGUGCGGCCAAGAAGGGCAAGAAGUGA